UGACUUGCUAUAAAUUUUACUGAUAUUAUACGCAAACUCUGGAUUAGUGGGACUCCACUUUCAUCAUUUUCUCUCUCCUAAAACUAGCACCAAAUUAAUCUCUCUUUUCCCAAAAUCGCUAAAUUUUUCGAUUGUUUCCGAUCUCCUUGAUUAAUUUCGAAAUUGUAGUUGAUUAAGUUUUUGAAUUUGAUCAUCAUGUCGAAGAGUUGUUUCAAGCUCCAACAUCCUCUCGAACGAAGACAGGCUGAAGCUUCUCGUAUCAGGGAGAAAUACCCUGACAGAAUCCCUGUUAUUGUGGAGAAGGCUGAGAAAAGUGACAUUCCUGAUAUUGAUAAGAAGAAGUACCUUGUUCCUGCUGAUUUAACUGUGGGGCAGUUUGUCUAUGUGGUGCGCAAGAGGAUAAAGCUUAGUGCUGAAAAGGCCAUCUUCAUUUUCGUAAAGAAUAUUCUACCGCCGACUGCGGCAAUGAUGUCAGCAAUUUAUGAGGAGCACAAGGAUGAAGAUGGUUUUCUCUACAUGACAUACAGUGGUGAGAACACGUUUGGAUCUCUUUAAUCACCUUGCUGCUGAAGAUUUAUGUAAAUAAGUUUCUAUGACAAGACAGAAGCCCAAGUUUGUAUAUAGUUUAUGCUAAUUAUCAGUCAAGCUUAGUAUGGCAUCGUUUCUCGGAUAAGUGCUUUUUCAAGUUGUUGGAUUAUUGGAUUUCAUGACAUCUUAAUGUUUUAAUUGAUGCAUAUAUUCAAUUCCGUUGGUUAAUAAA